CAUGUUAAGUUUACAUAAGUUUAUCCACCUGUUUAAAAGGUAGUAAAACUCCCCCGGUGCAAUGUAUGACGUAAUAAAUAUCACGAGACACGCUAGAUAAACAAUAUGUUAUCGGACCCAAUCGAAUUUUGACCUUGGAGGAUAACAGUGCGCAAAAGAAUGAACUAUUAAUUCGUUUUUAGGAUAUGGUUUUCGGUUAAGGUUCAGUAUGUCUGGACUUACAACGCCGUGUGAUGAGACAGAAAGAACUGGUGGUGCCUAUGUUCGCGAAGGCAGUGUACAACAAGGAUCUGUUAGGAAAUCACCAGUUCUCGAAAUCACUGGACCAGACCCAAAAAAAGUUAAAUUACAGAAAGAUCUAGACGACAGUAGACUUCAGCUCUCAGAAGAAAAGAUGCUGCAGGACUUAAAAAAGGAAAAGGAGGACUCAGUAAAGAAAUUAGAAGCACAAUUACAAGAUUGGGAAGAGCCUCCGCCAUCGGAACCUCCAUCAGAUUGGGAAGAGCCUCUUCCAUCGGAACCUCCAUCAGAUUGGGAAGAGCCUCCUCCAUCGGAACCUCCAUCAGAUUGGGAAGAGCAACCUCCAUCGGAACAUCCAUCAGAUUUGGAAGAGCAACCUCCGUCAGAACCUCCAUCAGAUAGGGAAGAGCAACCUCCAUCGGAACCUCCAUCAGAUUGGGAAGAGCAACCUCCAUCGGAACCUCCAUCAGAUUGGGAAGAGCGGCCUCCAUCAGAACCUCCAUCAGAUUGGGAAGAGCAACCUCCGUCUGAACCUCCAUCAGAUUGGGAAGAGCGACCUCCAUCGGAACCUCCAUCAGAUUGGGAAGAGCAACCUCCAUCGGAACCUCCAUCAGGUGAGUGACAUAAGGCCAUCUUG